CCUUUUCCAAGCUCGAUACAUUAAAAUCAUCAUCCAACCUCAAUAUUCACCCUUGGUUUUUCUCCUCCCUCGUUAUCAUCUUCUACUUGUGAUUCUUAAAAAAAUAAAGAAAAAAAAUUUGAAACACACAAAUUUAAGUCUCCGUUUUAAGAAAGAAAAAGAAAACAUUCGGUCUCAGGUGGUUCACACAGUUAGUGCCGAGUCUCACUUCUCUGCACCGUUGCGCCUAAUGGUUUUCUCUGCGCCUUCUCCUUCUCGGAAUAGUAGCAAGACUGCAAGAGCUUAGUAUUUCUUUGCUCUCCUUAAAGCUCUGUUUUUCCUACAGAUCGGGAACACUAAACCCUAGCAAAGACAGUACAUCUAUUUCUAAAUUGACAGUGCAAAAUGGGAUAACCCCUACUGAGGCAUCCAAUGUUGAAGGGAGAGGCAGAGCCUAAGCAGAAGAGAGGUUGGUCAGAGUCGCUGCUAGAGUUUCGGUCAGGGUUAGGGGAAAAGAUGAAAACUGAGCCAAAGAAACGUUGGAAAUCUCUUGAACCGCUUCAUCUGAAAAGCAAAUCAGUUGCGCGGUUUUGCUUCUUUUCGAAAAUCAAGUCGAACAACUAUGGUCCAGGCCGUGCACCAGUCUAUCUCAAUGUUUAUGACUUGACUCCUAUUAAUGGAUAUAUCUAUUGGGCAGGGCUCGGUAUAUUUCACUCUGGUGUAGAAGUUCAUGGAGUAGAAUAUGCUUUCGGUGCACAUGAUUAUGCAAACAGUGGUGUUUUUGAGGUUGAACCAAGGCAAUGCCCAGGCUUCAAAUUUAAGAAGUCGAUAUUCAUUGGAACCACGAACUUAAACCCGGGACAAGUUAGAGAGUUCAUGGAGAACAUGGCUUGCAGUUACUAUGGGAACAUGUAUCACUUGAUCGUUAAGAACUGCAACCACUUCUGCCAGGACGCUUGCUACAAGCUUACAGGCAAGAAGAUCCCGAAAUGGGUGAACCGGCUUGUGGAAAUAGGUUCUGUGUGUAGUUGCAUACUUCCCGAGUCACUCAAGAUUACAGCGGUUUGCCAUGAUCCAGACGAGCAAAUUCCCGAAGAAGAAAACGAAAAGAGAAGUCUUACGAGCUCAUUCAGUUGCUUGUCUUCCAUCUCCAUGAGACAAAAACAGCUUUCGACGUCAUCCUUAUUCCUACAGUCACCUCUCAGAGGCUGCUUACCUCCAUUUCAACUAAAACGAUCAAAAUCUAACAGCAGUUCCUUAAAAGAAAUGUAGACGACCACAUUUGUCUUUGUAAUGGUGUUCGAAAAAAUGUUACUUUUAACAAUUCUUCAAUCUGUUUGUAUCGCUUCCAAAGCUGGGAACCAUUUCAUCUUUCCAUGUAUUGAUUGCCUCAACUCUGUUUAUAUAUC